AUGGUGGGGACAAACAGAGAAGCUUGCAAAUUUGCAUCCACCUCCACCAGCAAUACGAGCAGGGUGCGAGUGGGAACCACAGAAAACUAGUUAGUUAGUUGGCCAGUAGUGGGGCGGGGGACUUUUUGUUGCUCGUAUUGUUGUUAUUGCCUAACACACAAGUUCUCCUGGUUGGCGCACGUACGCCCGCAUGUCGAAACCGUGACCAUGAGUGCAUCGGAGGGACACUGGGAACCGCUGGCAGAGAUCUAUCUGUCGCACCCAUCGGUGAAGAACAAAAAAAAGUGCAUCUACUGCCUGUGCAGCCGUGUGUUUAUCAAGAACUACUACGAUGUGUACGUAUCGACGCUGGAGCGUGGCGAUUCCGUUCCCCAGAUAACUUCGAUGGAAACACCUACCGCUGCCAUCGAUGAGCAAGCAAGCAAUGGUCCCUCUCCUUCGGCAGUCCCACAACCAUCGGAAACAUCCGGCGAGUGUGAAAGACCCAAGGGCCCUGGGGCCAGUGGCGAUGAACCGUUGGAUGUGUUGGAUCGGGCCGAAGUAGACGACGUUUUCAUCGAGCAACCACUGGUCAAGCAGCUCAGCUUUGGUCGUGAUGGUUCACGUAAGAUGCCCGCAAAGUGGGGCGAGCGGGAACCGUCCUCGGGUACGGUUAGUGAUGUGAGCUGCUACUUCAGUGCCAGUGCUAGCCACUCCGAUACCAACUACUGCAGUACCGAUGAGCACGAGCAUGUAUUCUACGCUUCGGGUGCAGCAGCCUCACUGGUAACGGCUCAUCCGGUUGGUAUCGGCUCCGCCAGUAGCACGGCCAUCGCUUCCUCGUCCGCACUACACUCCAGCGAUAGUGGAGCGGAUUUAUCGGAGCGACACCAUACCGAACGGAAGUACUCUCUGAAGGAUCAGUUGCUCGAAGCGAAUCGCACCAACCACGAGGCGGACGGUGAUCGAUUGCGGGAGAAAGCAGCCGGAACCGGAUCAUCAGGCUCAUUUGCGCCGGUUGAACGCAACAACAGUCUUCCGGAGGCAUUCGGACGUGAAGAUCUGCACGAUGCCUGGGAAACGUACUGGAGCAAACACGGUGAAGCCAUUAUCUGGGCAUCCUGGAUCGAAAAGUACAGCGAUUACAUUAACCCGCAGUAUCUUGAGCCCACCACCGAUCAAGAAGGGCAAGCAACGGGGACAAACACACCGCACGAUCGAAGCGAAGCAACACCCGGUACGGCGACCGAGGCGGAUAGAGAUUUCAGCUUCGAUCACGAUGCUGCCGCAAACGCUAGUGGGACGGAAAUCGUCGUAUCGGCAUGCUCACCGCAUCCGUACAACAAGUCCACCUAUCAAAUGGCCGCCUGGCCCACGGGAGGCAGUGGUGCUGGUGGUGGUAGUGGCAUCGAUUCCGAGCUACUUUGGAGCACCCAUCGAGCAGGGAGCGUCGAAAAUGAUACGCUACUGAGCCCGCGGUGUGAUUCCGUCACCUCGAGCAUUCCGCUCACGAUCGGUACGACCGAUUCCAUGACAAACGUUACGCGCAUGACGAUCUCUAGUUACGAUUUCUGCAGCUCGAAGGUCAGCUCGGAAAGUUCCCGGCUUAGCGGUAGCCUGGGCAGCUCCGACGUGUCCACCUCCAGUGAAAGCUCCAACAGCUCGGAGUUACUCGAAACCGAGUAUCUGGUCGGUGCGGGUGAUGCAGCAGGAGAGGGAGAAGGGGAUGGUGAAGGUGGUGCGAUCGUCGUACCACCUCCGGACGAGGAGGCCGCCAUGGAUGGUGAACAGUACUGGCAGAUACUGUGGCAACAGCACUUCCAAGAGCUGUACGCCAAGCAGUACCAUCGCUUCAUGGCCGAGCAUGCCAACGAUGACCCAGCAGCACCGCCGGCCCUCCUAUCAUCGACGACGACGGUACCUGCUGCUACGCACGGGGAAUGUAGCACCAAACACCACAAACGUAAACGGAGCAGUAAUGGGGCGGGAGGAAGUGGAGCAGAGAAACUACCCGAAAUGGUAGCUGGCUUGACGUUAGCCAAAGAGGCAAACAACGAUGCAGAAGGUGAACCGAUGGAUGGGGGAGAGGACGAGAAGAAUGAACAGAAAUCGGAUUGUGCCCUUGUGGCGGAAGAUUUAUCAGCAUCGCUCGCCGCUUACGGGCUACCAACAACAUUCGGAAAGCAAACGGCACCAACCGGUGGUGGUGAUCGACCGCCAAACGAUAAACCGAUCACGCUGAAGCGAAGCCACGAAAGCGAUACGGAGGAAACACCAAAAGAGCGGCUGAAGGCGGCGUUCGAGCUGAUGGGUUAUGCGUUUUCCGAUCCGGCCAACGAUACCGAAUCGAUUAUUAACAUUAGUGGCGAGGUGGUUUACCGGAAGAAGCACAUACGCCUGCACAACCGGGUGUUGAAGAUGAAACACUACGCACCCCAGAGGCACACAUACUUUGAUGACGAUGGGAACGAGGUGGUGGUGGCCGGCAAUGGCGAUAAGUCGGAUCCGGCGGCCCCCGAAGCGCUACUGCACAGCUCAUCCGACGAUGAACCGGCGAAUCUGGGCAAUGUUGCUGCGCGAACGCAGAAUGUCCGCUCGAGCACAAUUCUUGACCUCAACCAACAGCUCGCACCAGCAACCAUCACCACCACCUGCAGCAGCAGCAGCACCAGUGCUGUUUCAAAUGUCACCGGUGAGAACGGUGGUGAGGGUGUUGUGGUGGCUUAUCCCGCAGAGACCCAGCAGCAGCAGCAGCAGCAGCAGCAGAUCGAGGGCGGUGAAAUCGUCGCAACAACCACCACAACCGAGGUAGUGCUGCCGCCAGUCGUCACGAGAAAGGAAAAGAAAAAGAAACGAAAGACCAAGUUCGUCGCCAGUCUGCCGGCCGACAUUGCCAACGAUAAGUCGCUGCUCAAGUACUGGUACAAGCGCUUUUCCCUCUUCUCACUGUUCGAUGCGGGCAUACGGCUCGAUCGGGAGUCCUGGUUUUCGGUGACACCGGAAAAGGUGGCCGCACAUACGGCCGAACGCUGCCGCUCGGAUCUGAUCGUCGAUGCGUUCUGUGGGUGCGGUGGCAACACGAUCCAGUUUGCGUUCACCUGCCAGAAGGUGAUCGCGAUCGAUAUCGAUCCACGCAAGAUCGAAAUGGCCAAACAUAAUGCGGCCGUCUACGGGGUGGCGGAUCGGAUCGAGUUCAUUACCGGAGACUUUGUGCAGCUGGCUGCUGCCGGUGGUGGCCGGCUGAAGGCAGACACCGUGUUCCUAUCGCCACCGUGGGGUGGACCGAGCUAUAUGAAGGAUGAAGUGUACGAUCUGGAGCAAUCGUUGCUGCCGGUUCCCGCUAGCGAUCUGAUGCGAGCGGCGCAACAAGUAAGCAACAACGUGGUCCUCUACCUGCCACGAAACUCCAACACCCAGCAGCUAACGAUGCUUGCCGGACCGAACGGGGCGGUUGAGAUUGAGCAAAACUUUCUGGAUCGCAAGUUGAUCGCACUCACGGCUUACUAUGGCGAUUUGAUCAACGAGUAGGCGGUACACCGAUGCCGUGACCGUAACAAUGCCAAUUUCCAAUCCUAACGCGCACAAUCCUUCGUGUCCCACUCGCUGUAUCGGUAACUUAUAGUAACACUGCACCAAGAACCUCACCUCUCUCUGAUGGUGGUGGUUCCAGUGCAGUGGCGGCAGAAUGCGCACAUUCGAGAUCAUGUUUGUGAGCGGUGCGGAUGCGAUGCGAUAGAACACCGGCUUUUUACUUACACCGCCGCCACCACCCGUCCAAUGCAUGAAAUUGGCCACCGGCAUAUCCAGCGCUGUCCCCUUGCAUUCACACGCACUGUUUUUCUUCUUUCAGUUAGAACUAUCGUGGGAACACGUUUUAGCGAGUGUCUCUAAGUGUUUUUAGGCGUUACGUUGUCUCUAUGUCUCGCUCCUCCUCCUCUCUCAGACUAGCAAUCCACUCUUUAUUAGGACAAUCUUACGGUUAAUUUAGCGGAUGAACGUUCCAACGAUUGAAACGUAGAGAGAGAGCCGCAGUUUAGGGCAGUGCAUUUUAACUGUUUUCUUUGAUUAAUGUAAGAUCAUAUUCAUGGUGUUCCAUUUCCCUUUCUCCCCGCGCGUUCUAAUUGCUGGCGAGAUAGCUUACGAUAAGGUUACGAUGUGAAUGUACUAUUAUGUGAGUGAGGGUGUAAUAACAACAACAAGAACAAGAAUAACAGCAAACAGAAGUAAUAAGAUAUCCUAUUGAAUGGAACAAACAGCAACAGUGAAGUGGACAAACUAUAAAGGUAAACAAUAAAAAUGCAUUUUGUUUCAAA